UUGCUGCUGCUGCUGCUGCUGCUGCUGCUGGGCUCGCUAUUGCCGCUCGCUCCAGCUGAUCCUUGAGUAGCAGCAGGACCAGGGCAGGGACUGACUCCAGUCUUUGGACUUAGGACAACGCAGCACCUUCCCUUGCGUGCGUGACUCAUUCGUUAUCAUUUCUGUUUAUGCCUGGGGUGGGGAGAAAAAUCCCAAACCAGCCGUGUAAAUGAGUAUGGAAGAUUAUGAUUUCCUGUUCAAAAUCGUUUUAAUAGGCAACGCUGGAGUGGGAAAGACGUGCCUAGUCCGGCGAUUCACUCAGGGUCUUUUCCCCCCAGGUCAAGGAGCCACAAUUGGAGUUGAUUUUAUGAUUAAGACAGUGGAGAUUAAUGGUGAAAAAGUCAAGUUACAGAUCUGGGACACUGCGGGUCAAGAGAGAUUUCGCUCCAUCACCCAAAGUUAUUACCGAAGCGCCAAUGCCUUGAUCCUUACCUAUGACAUCACCUGUGAGGAGUCCUUCCGUUGCCUUCCAGAGUGGUUGCGGGAGAUAGAACAGUAUGCCAGCAAUAAGGUCAUCACUGUGUUAGUGGGCAACAAGAUUGACCUGGCUGAAAGGAGAGAGGUCUCCCAGCAGAGAGCAGAAGAAUUCUCAGAGGCUCAGGACAUGUAUUACCUGGAGACUUCAGCCAAGGAAUCUGAUAAUGUGGAGAAACUCUUCCUUGACUUAGCAUGCCGACUCAUCAGUGAAGCAAGACAGAACACACUGGUGAACAAUGUAUCGUCACCCUUACCUGGAGAGGGGAAGAGCAUCAGCUAUUUGACUUGUUGUAAUUUCAACUAAAGGCUGAGGCAGAGAAUCAAAGGGAAUCAGUGGUUGCCUUGGUGGGCUGUACAUUGCUAGGGAAAUCUGGCAAUGACUAUGGCUCCUGCUCUUGGACCUUCUGACUCCUGUAGGCUCCAGAGCUUACAAAGCAUGCGGGCCAAGGGCCUCUACUGCAGGCCAGCAUUAGCAGAACACAUAUGGUUUCACCCUUUCGCAGUCUGGCGUUGGAGCAAGGAGAAAAUUGCACUAAGCGCUCCAUGAUCUGCAGAGCAUGUUGCUUUUGUUUUUAAAAAAGCAAGUAAAAAUGCAUUCCUGAACACAGUGCAGGGGAUCAUGUACUGUAGGCAUCCCUCCUGUGUGUCAACGGGUGCAUGUGGGGCUGUUCUUUAGGCUUCAGUGGUAAUCUGGUGCCCAUGGUUUCCUUGUCAACCAGGUAAACCGAAACUGGAAAGUCCAAGUACUGUCUGUAGUACUUACUGAUGACCCCAUGGAGAUUUUGAAAAGUGUUAUUUCUUUUGUCCACAAGCACUUUCAAAACCUUUGGGAUGUAAAAAUGGAAACUCUUCUCAUGACCAACAGUAAAAAUUAAUGUUUAAUAUAAUAUAUACAAGCUCCAUGACUCUUUUUGGUGCUAAUGGUUAUGCUAUUUCACAGACCAAACGUUUUAGUACAUUGAUACCCUUAGAUGUAUUACCUAGAAAUAAAAAGAAAAUGGGGGAAAUUCAUGAAUCAACAGUCUUUUUCAGAGUCUCAUUUCCACCUUUUCUAGGAUGGGUUUAGACAUGAGAAUCCCCUUUCUUUCAUAUUCUCCUUGAAAUUCCUUAACUUUCUUCUAUUCUUUCACACCUUUCCUCCCUUUAAGUAAAUCAAAGUAAAAAAAAAAAAAUAGGAAAAAUCCAAAUGGAUGAUGGCAUUCUAAUAAAGAUUAUUUGUAAGACAUUUUGAGUAGCAUGAGAAAACACAGCAGAUAUGACCAAAAUACUGUGGAAUAUGGACUGACUGCCGAGCCGGGUUCCAGACAGCACAGUCCUCUGUAACAGGUCACACCUUUUCUUUUCUGGAACUAUCCUUGGACAGACCAAGGGUUAGGAUUUUGUAGACAUUUUUAGUAUAAUAAGUGAGAAUAGUGAUUGAUGAAAAGUCUCACACACCAUUUUUGUAUCUUCACUAAACUUAGGAGAGUCCUGGUCAGGCAGCAGGCUGGGUUGUCAUGUUUCAUCUAUAUUAAUGUCGAUCUCAGAUUCAUGAGCAUACAUUC